UUUAAAUUGUGCAUGUUUUGAGUAGCCCUGGCGUGAAUUCACUGUUUCGCAAACACAUUCCUGCGUCACCUUUACUUCUGCUGCCUUGCUCACCAUAAACAUUCUGUUAUUGUUGUCUGCGUCUGAUCCGACGCAAUUAAUUAAAGGUUUUAAUCGCUUGAGAGUUAAAAUUUAGGUAGGAUAUAGUUCAAAGCUAGUCAAGGAUGUUCUCCAAGAAGAAGCCGGAGCCAGCAAAGCGAAGGCAGCACGAUUUGUCUCAGUUUGGCCUUACGGAAAUCCCGGACGACUUCGAUCCCAGUGCUGGCUAUGGAGAUGACGAUGACGGCGACAGUGACCUGGAAGCAGAGCUGGCCGCCAUUGCCAGCGGUGGAGGCAGGAGGCCCAAGCCGAAACAAAAGGCAAAGCUCCUACCAGCGAGCGACUUGGAUAAAAUGAUUGCCGACAGCUUGCGUGAUGUCAGCGACGAUGACGACGAUGAAAAUCUGGAAAAUGACUCGGAUCUGCUGGGUGAAUUGAAUGGUAUUGAAGGCGUGGACGUGGAGGAGGACAAUGAGCAGCCAGCGGAAGAGCCAGCAGCAGCCAGUGAGGAGCCCGUACAGACCUUCCUGCCCACCACCACUGUGGACACGCUGAGCAUCAUCAAACAGCGGCUGGAGAUGUACAAGGUGGCCGAGGCGAAUGCCAAGGCUGCCGGUGACUCGGGCAAGGCGAGACGUUUUGGAAGAGGUCUCAAGACCCUGCAGGAUUUGCACAAGCAAGCAGCAGCCGGCAAGUCCAUUAAUGUGGACGAUAUACCGCCAGAGGUUAGCGUGAAACCUGCAGGAGGGCCGGCUCCAGCAGCAGCUGAAGAGGAAUCACCCGCUUCGUCUACUCCUGCUUCACCUCCGCCCAUUCCUAGUCGAGCGGCUCCCGCUCCUCCAACUCCAACGUCGCCCAUUGCGCCAACGACCUCUGUGGCUCCCUCCACGCCUCCAAAUCCCUUAGUGACCCAAAUGCGCAGUCGCCAGAACGAGUACAAAGCUGCUGCCUUGCAGUCAAAGCGUAGCGGGGACACAGCCACUGCUCUCCAGUUCCUCAAGGUUGUAAAGCAGUUCGAUGUGGUUGUAAAAAUGUGCGAGGAUGGCCAGGAAGUGGAUCUUAGCGACAUGCCGCCACCGCCAGCCGAGUUCCUUGCAUUUCUGGCUAAAAUGAAGGAGGGCGCCGCCCCAGAAGCAACAGCAGAACCAUCACCAGCAUCGGCUCCGGUUGUUCCUACCCCUGCUCCCGCUCCGGCGGCCGCCACAAAUAUGCUGGAGGCUCUACAGCAACGCCUGGAAAAGUAUCAGUCUGUGGAGGCUGCCGCCAAGGCAGAAAAUAAUACCGGCAAAGCCAGACGCUUUGGAAGGAUUGUGAAGCAAUAUGAUGAUGCCAUCAAGCUGUACAAGGCUGGCAAACCCGUGCCUUACGACGAAUUACCCGUGCCUCCCGGUUUUGGUCCACUACCCACCGGAGACGGUGCUCCAGUUGCACCAACUCCUUCGCUGCCCACGUCCCCUGCGUCGCCGCCAGCAACAGCCAGCACUUCUGCAGGGGGAACUCCAACCAGCUCAAGUGCAGCCACGCCCACGACUCCUCGAAAGGCUCCUUCGCCGCCCAAGGAAUUGACAACACGCACCUCAGGCAACCAGCAGAAAAACAAUCUCGCCGAGCAGCAGAUGAAGCUUCUUCUGGAGCGUCAAAAGGAAUUCAAGGUGGCUGCUAUUGAGGCCAAAAAAGCCGGAGAGAUUGAUCAGGCCAAGGAGUAUCUGAAGAUUUACAAGGGUUUUGAUUCGCUUCUGAAUGCGGCAAGCAGUGGCUUGCCUGUUGAUCUCAGCACACUUCCUGUACCGCCUUCUCAACGAGAUAACUUAGAAGCGUCGUUCGCCAUUGUGUCCACCGAAGAGUGCGAUCCCAGCGACGACAUCUGUGAGAUCGGUAUCCGCAUGGAGGAGCAACUGGCCAAGCAACUCAUGAUGUGCAAGAACACGCGGGAUCACCACAAGGCCAUGGGUGAUGUAGCCGGCAUGAAUCGCUUUGAAAAUCUGGCCCUUACUGUCCAAAAGGAUUUGGAUUUGGUGCGCUAUUCGAAGCGAAAAAAUCAGACCCUGCCAAAGUUUCACUACGAGCAACGCAACUUUAACAUUGUCCAUUGCAACACGGAUCUUACGGAUAAUGAACUGGAGAUUGUUGUAGUUCGGGGUGUCAACUACAAUGUGGCCAAUCCCAAGGAAGUGGACACCUAUGUGCGGGUUGAGUUUCCACUGCUUAAUGAUGAAACAUUUAAGACUAAAACCAAUGUCAUAAGGGACUCCAAUAGCCCGGAUUACGACGAGCGCUUUAAGGUGGACAUUCAGCGAACCAAUCGUCAGUUUCAAAGAAUAUUCAAAAGGCACGGCGUCAAACUAGAAAUUUAUUCAAGAGGCUGCAGUAUAGAUUGUUGUGGACUAAGUCGUAAACUGCCCCUGUGUUGUUUCAGAGGAUUCCUGCGCUCAGAUACGCUGAUUGGAACCGUAAACGUCAAGCUGCAGCCCCUGGAGACCAAGUGUGAUAUACACGAUACCUACGAUCUAAUGGAUGGCAGGAAGCAAGUAGGAGGCAAACUGGAGGUCAAAGUACGCGUUCGCAAUCCCAUUCUCACCAAACAAAUGGAGCACAUCAACGAGAAGUGGCUGGUCUUGGACGCCUAAGGCUGAAGUGGACAGGCAAACACUCCACAUUAAUUGCUUAAAGCUAACGAAAUAAUAUAUUGCUUUGGUCGAAAGUGUCUCUCCGCCAUUGUCCUCGAUAAGUUUACUUAGUUAUUCCUCUGUACAUACAUAACCCCAGAGAGAAUACGUUACAUUUAUUUACGCUUUACGCCGACUCCUGGACAGGAUUAAGGCAUUUAUAUAAUACGAACACAACACAUAUAAUGUA